CUUGUUUGAAACUCAAUAGCCCCGCCGAACAGCCGUCGUCACUGUGACAAGCAGGUGCAACAGCCCCAGCUGAUCUUUGCCGCCGUGGCUGACCGCAAGCGCGUCAACGAGUUUUACGCUUGAUGAUGCAUUUCACCCGUUGGCCAGUGUCGAUAGAGUACCUUUGUCCGCACUGGAGAUUGCGUACCUCGCGCUUUCUCUGGGAACUCAGCAAUCGCGAUUUACCCAGGUGGCAAAUAUGGACAAAGUAAAUGUUGAAAAGCCACUUCCAGUGCAGGAUGCACUUUCGGCGUCCGCGAAGACCAUCAGCGAAAUCGAAGCGCUCGGUGGUAGUUCAACAGAUGCGCGCGCGCGAGGCGACGGACCUAGUAGACCAGUUGUACCUGGGAGCUCUACCGAAACAGCUGUAGAUCGGUCCCAGGACAAUACAAGGUCUGCUGAAAACAGCACUGCCAUAAAUGGCGGCAGAUAUUUGCCACGUAUGCUUACGAAAGAAUCCCAGUCAUUUGAUGAGGUGCGGAAGUUGCUGGAGCAGAUUGUCGUGUCAAAAAUGUCCGAAGCGGCCUCUGAAAGUCGAUACGCUGGGGCGCAAGCUUUAACUCUUCGGCCGCUUGAUACGCUUGGAAAUGCUGUUGUCUCAGCUCACGCGCUGGCAGCAUACGCCUCGACACUUGAUAUCGGUACGCUAAGGAAGCUUACCGCACACGUCGUUGCAGAUACUGGAUUUUGGUUGGCCAGGACGUUCAGGUUUCAUGAUAGUUGUAUGUUUUGUCAUGACGAGUCCCGCGAAGGUCUUAUACGUGUCGUGCAAAUGUUACUUCAUCUCAAAUACGAUAAAUACGCCGUCGAUGCCUAUCAGACGUUAUAUUCAAAGCCUCCGUGUAUUUACGUCGGCCAGGCAGCGGAGCAAGAGACCGCACCUGGACGAGCAUCAGUGGGACACGCGCUUUGCGCUGCUUUGGGACUGCCAAGGGCAUGCCUUAGGGUUAUACCAUCGCUUAAUAACAGCACUGGCUUCAACAAAAUGAACAUUUCGAUAUUGGAGAGGCAAAUGGAACAAGACCUAAACAAGGGUUGUGUACCGCUGAUUGUAUUGGCCCAGGCCGGUACAGGUCAAUGUGGACAGAAAGAGCACUUUGAAAGGCUAUUUCAGUUGUGUCAAGAGCGCAACCUCUGGCUACAUGUUGAAGGGCAUUCGCUGGCGGCUCUUGCACUUGGGGCGGAAACGAAUACACAAUUGCGAUGUGCUGACUCGAUGACGCUCCCGGUAGGAAGCUGGCUGGGAGUUCCCUCAUUGCCGUACGUGACCCUGUAUCGGCAACAUAAUUCAGCCUUGGCUCACGCUGCUGGACUCACUUUAUUUAAUAUCCACUCAAAACUUCACUGCCUUCCAUUAUGGGCCACUCUACAGUGCCUAGGACAGAAGGGGCUUUUCGACAGAAUUGCUCACUGCUUCAAACAGUCGGACUUGCUGGUUACUACCUUGGAGUCGAUAGGUCCCUGUAUAGAGAUAAUAGGGCGGUCCCGUUUUGCUGCUGUUGGAUCUAAUGCUUCUACUGAAGACCAUAUUUCUGUAGUGGAACGGGCCGCUCGUGCUACAAAUCCUGUGGCACUAUUUGACGCUGUGCAGCCUAUUGUGACUUUCCGUUUCCGACAAACGUUUCCCUCUGCCGCCGAUGCCUCUUCUGAUUACAGUAAUACGGACAAUGAAAAAGGGAUGCAACUCUCCGAAAGCUACAUGAAUAAUCUCAAUCUAUGGCUCGGACAGAUGGUCAAUCGUGAGGUUCCACAGGUGACUAUCGAGCUAACUGAAGUUGAAGGCCAUGGUAUCUGCGUCAAAUUCAGUCCUCUCGAAAGUGCACACCUUCAAGGUACCACGAUGUGCGAUAUGGAGAACUUCUGUAAGACUUUGGAGGGGCACGUAGCGAUUCUAUCAGCUAUGGUUGUUCAUAAAAAGAAGUUUCACCGUCUUCUAGCUGGUGACCACCACGAAUUUGGCCGUUAUCUAGAACUUGUAGAAAUUAGUGACUGGGCUGGAUUAGGUGGGGUAAGAUAUAUUCCUGAGGCAUGGGCAACUACACCCGCCUCUGUCGAUCAAUUGAAAGGCAAAAGAGAAGCUGCAAAUAGCACAAUCAGUAAAACAGUACCGAUGUCGGAGUCCGACCGUGAUCUGAUCAAUCAAGUCAACCAGCAGCUCGUGGCCAGACUUCGAGCAUCAGAUUCUGCGUUUUCAUUAGGUGAGGGCGCAAAUGGGUUGGUGUGCAUACGUUUUGGGAUGGUAACAGAGGACCUGGCAGUGGAAGAGCUCCUGCACAUGGUUCUCGCUGCAGGUCGGGAACUUGAGGAAAGUUGUAAACAGCUGGAAGAGAUGUCUGAACUAGUCCGGCAGGCCGUCGAGGAGGCCAAUGCAGCACUGGAACGAGAGAACGAGGAGCGUAUCUACCAGGAAGGAUUGCUCAAGCAUGUGCCGAUAUUCGGAAGUCUUCUCCAGUGGUGGAGCCCACCUAGCGACGAAGGGGCCGGAAUAAAGGGCCGAAGUUUCAACCUGACGUCGGGUAUGGUGGAAACCACGGAGAACACGUAUAAAUACCACAUGCAGAUGAAGAGUGAGGCCCCUGCACCAAACACCCCGCCGCCUCAACAACAAAUUCAGAUACAAACGGGCAGCGGAGCGGGAAUAGCUCAACGGGUAGGAGCACCAUCGCAUCCUUCGGCGCAGAGUUCACAGACAAUCAGCGCAGCGCAACAACAGCACGCACCAUUAUCACCGCAUUCGAGAACAAAUUCACAAGGGUCUCAACGCUCGUAGGCACCUUCACCAUGAACAUGCACUAUUUAAAUGCAAAGUAAUCAUAAGUAGAAGCCAGCGUUAGUUUUUUGUUUCUUUAAGGAGUUAUGAGAGGAAAAGUUACUGGGAGCGUUUAUUGUGGAAAGCUUAAAGUGGGUCGAGGAUGGCUUUUUUCAAUUAAGUUUGAACUGGAUUGUGUAGUGAUUUUUUGCCGACUUAGGGAUCUACUGCAUGCAGUAAAUCAACGAAUGCGUUGCUCUGACUAGCGUUGACCUGCCGAUACCUACGGUAUGAAGGAACCUGAGCCUUCGGAUGUAUAUUUAAGCUAUUACACAGUGCCUUCGAGAUACUUCGACCUGUGAAACAGAAGCCGCUGUAAUCACGUUGCACAGCGUAAUAUAUUCGGAAGACACUGGGCAUGUUAUUUAGACGUGUUACUGGGAUAUAUCUUUAUUUCUACUUUAUACACGGUUUGGCAAUUGAGGAAAUUGAACCAUGUAGAAUGAUGGAUCUAAUGAGGACAUUUGUUAGUUCUAUCAACCGUUAGUAGAAUCAAGGAUUCGUCGAAGGAGUUUUUUUGAUUUGAAGCGUAGUCUUGAUUUGUCGGAGUCGACGGCGCAAACCGAUGGAUUUUAAAUAAUGACAACCAAAUGAACAUCUCUAUUUAAAUACACAUGGUCUCUCGUUGAUGAUAUUAUAUAAUAAUAACUAUUUUGCAGUGCGAGAUAAAUAAAUCUGUCACAUAUGUAACAUUUACUUGAAUCUCUCGAAAAUUAUUAUUUCUCUAUUGUUAUUCAACUAUAUAUAUAUAAUCAAUAAACUGGAUUAUAUCUAAGAUUCUGGGAAUUCUAUUUAAAAUUUGUCGUGAGAACACGGCUCUACCGGACAAACACCGACGAAGCCAAGGCUGUGUAUUUUUUUUUUUCGGUUAUUGAUUAUGACUUUGGUUAUGGGCUGCUUGUAGCUAUGCGGGCGGCAAGCCAGAUUCAAUACAAUUGGGACUGAGCUGUUUAGCUAACGAGCGUUAUAUCGCAUAUAGUGUUGGCCUUUACGCGUGGUUCAUUUGUGGACCUAUACAUAAAAGAUAACGUUGUAUAGUACGUUUGUAGCCGUUGCCUGUUACAAUAAACGAGACCACUUUGUUAAAUGUCGACAUUUUGA